AGUGAAAGAAAAAGUGGCGCUUUUCCGGGAAAGCCCAGGUCUUCCGGGAACCUGCCUCUUUCUUGUUUUCAAAAGUUCCAACAGCUGACAUGCAACGGCCCCACCCAUAGGGUCUCCUGCAUAUCUUGGGAGGUGGUGGCUUGGACAGGCCACUGCCUCUGCCUCUGUCCCUGUUCACAGCUCGCUGCUGCAGCACCACGGACCCUCAGGGAGAGAGGGCGAGCAGCUCCCCUGCCAGCCAGGACACCCUGCCGUUCUGAACUAGGUGAGCAGAGAGACCCUUCAAUCAUGGUGUUCAGGAGGACAUCUCCAUUCUACAAAGGGUCACCAGAUGAAGAUCUGUCAGAUGAAGAAAAACAUUUCUUGAAGUAUCAUAGAGAACAAUUUUUGAAAGAUUUCCCCAAGUGGAAACAGGAACAAGAAAAAACCAUCAGAGAGCUCCGUGCCCGGGCAGAUGAGGUCGACGCCACCCACGAACAAACCAACAAGAUCAACGUGGUGGCCCACUCCACAGCUGUCUUCUCUAGAGCCAUGAGCCUCUUGGGGAUUGCCCUCGCUCCGCUGACCACAAGAGGAAGCCUGACGCUUUCAGCUGCCGGCAAAACUUUAGGGGCAGCAGCUGAGGUCACCAGUGAUGUGACCAACCUGAUAGAAGGGUCCUGCAAUAAAAAAGUUAAAGCUCAGGCCACCGGGCACGAGCCUACCAGUGAGCCAGAGUUGGAGCAGGUGGAUGAGAAGUCCAUUCUCACAGCUAUGACUAAUAUCAUGGACAAGUUUCAAGACACCUCCAAGAGUCUCAGGAAGAGCAGGCGUGCCUACAGGGUAGCCCAAGCCAAGCCAAGCUUGGCUAAGGCUGCCAAGUAUCGCCUGACAGGUGGCAAAGUCUCAGACAAAACCAGCAAGUAUGUGCAAAAGGCCUUUGAUGGCACACCUCUGGGAAUGACCAAAAGUGCUCUCUUGGAGGGAGGUGCAGAGACGGCUGUCCACUUCGUCCGGGAUUUGUGCAAUCUCUCUGACACCUGGAAGAAACUGAAGGGUGGAGAGAGGGCACAGCAGGCCAAAGAACUAAGGGCCCAGGCCCAGGAGCUGGAAGAGCUGGUGACACAGUACAGCCACCAUUAUGAGCGGCUACAGCAGGUGAGCUCAGGAUGUUGGAAGCGGGGGCUUUGGCCCAAAUCCUGGGAAACCAAGGUUGUCCAGAAGGGAUUAAGGGAGUGUGUGCUUGUGAGUGUGGCAGUGAAGUUUGCACCGAUGUCCUUGAGGACAUAGCAUAUGGUGGCCCUGAAGGCCCAAACUGUAAGAGGUUCCCCUGGAGAUGGCAGUCCUGCACAGACCUGGUCACUUGUUCCCUCUCCCUUAAGGCUCCUUUAGGACCCCGUGCCAGGAAGAGUAUCUUCAGGAUACAGGAGAUCACUGAGCCAUAUGGAGUGCUCUGGACUCAGUUAUAACCCCCUCAAAUUAUUCAUCAAACGCCCAAGCCCAGUGCGGCAUGCUGGGGGUGGGGCUUGGGGAGGUGACGGGGUUGAAUGCAGACCUAAGGACAGGCCCUAAUCUGAUGGGAUCAAUGUCCAUAUAAGAGGAGGAAGAAGCUGGAGAGGGUCCCCCUGCCCCCAAAGCACCACACGGAGAAGCCCUUUAAGGGCACAGAGAAGGCAGCCACCUGCCAAUAAGAAAAAAGAAACCCCUGUUGGGAGCCCAGUGGGCCAGCUCCCUGACCUGGCCAGCACCUUGACCUGGGCAGCACCCUGACCUGGGCCAGUACCCUGACCUGACCAGCACCCUGACCUGGCCAGCACCCUGACCUGGGCCAGGGGCCUCUGGAACUCUGGGAACUACGUGUCAGCUGUAUGAACCACUCUCUCUGUGGCUUCCCUCAUGGCAGCCAAGACCAGCCUGACGGGGUGCCGUGGCUGGCCAGUGUCCCGCUCUGCUCCAGCUGCUCUAUCAGUGUGUGUAGACCAGGUGAUUUGUGAACCACAGAAACGUGUCCUGCCCAGUUCUGGAGGCUGCACGGCCAAGGUCCAGGUGCCUGCAGAGGCAGGCUUGGUGCUGGGGAGGCUCCCUCUGUGUCACAGAAGGCCCCUUCUUGUCCUUCCUCACCUGGACGGAGGGGCAAGCAGGACCCUCAGGGCCCUCUCAUAGGAGCCAGUCCCACAGGUGAGGCCCCGCCCUCACGGCCUGUCACCAUCCCAAGGCCCCGCCCCCUAGGGCCAACACUUGGGGGUUAGGGGUUGACCUGUGAAUUUGGGGGAACACAGAUAUUCAGGGCCUAGCACCGAGUUCCCCAGGAUUUUCUGUUAGCUGCAGGGCAGGCUGAGUGAGUGCUAGCUGCAGGGCGGGCUGAACUGUCCACCCCACUGUCUGGCUCCUGACCACUUGUUUGCCUCAAGGCUGAGCACCCAACCCCCAAGACCCCCACCCGCCUGGUGCAACAGAAACCCACAUCCCGCCCCUGCCCGGUCAGCCUGAGAAGCAGAAGUGACACCCUUAGCAACUCCUGUGUGACCCAAUCACUGCAGGCCACCAGGCAGCUCGCAGACCCAGACCCCACUAGAUUUUGGCUGUAAAAACUCUCCUGGCUGGGGUCGUGGCUCAGUGGUAGAGUGCUCGCCUAGCGUGGGCCAGGCCCUGGGUUCCAUCCUCAGCACCACAUAA